AUGAUACAAUGUCAAGAAAAGGAUCGUGCUAUGUGUAUCAUGAAGACAACAAGUCUUUACGAGAUGAAGCGUUUGGGAAAUAUGAAAUCAGAAAACUUUAAUGCAAAACAAUGGGAUCAACAAUCUAGACAAGUGCUUUUCAAAGCAAAUUGGCUGAAGUUCACACAGAAUGAAAAUCUGAGAAAUCUUCUUUUGGCCACGGGGUCUAACAUCCUAGUACGGGCCAGCCCACGAGAUAGUGUUUGGGGUAUCGGAAUGGAUAUGUGGAAUUCAAAUGCAGUCCAUCCUGACAAGUGGAAUGGAAGAAACAGAUUUGGAUCCAUCCUAAUCGAUAUAAGGCGUUGGCUCCGACAGACUCAGUCAUUCGGACUUCUGCAUUCUAACCAUAACGAUGGAAAAAAGCUCGGCCGUAUUCGAGAACAUGACGAAUUCCCUCACUGCUGA